AUGGUGACUGUGGAACUGGAAACCACCCCUACUGCUCAUCCCCCACCUACAGAAGAAGAGAAAACAGAAUCUAAUCAGGAGGUUGCUAACCCAGAACACUAUAUUAAACAUCCUUUACAGAACAGAUGGGCACCCUGGAUUUUUAAAAAUGGUAAAAGCAAAACUUGGCAAGCAAACCUUCGGCUGAUCUCUAAGUUUGAUACUGUUGAAGACUUCUGGGCUCUGUACAACCAUAUCCAGUUGUCUAGCAGUUUAAUGCCUGGCUGCCACUACUCACUUUUUAAGGAUGGUAUUGAGCCUAUGUGGGAAGAUGAGAAAAACGAACGAGGAGGACGAUGUGUAAUUACAUUGAACAAACAGCAGAGACCAAGGGACCUCGAUCGCUUUCGGCUGGCGACACUGCUGUGCCUUACUGGAGAAUGUUUUGAUGACUACAGUGAUGAUGUAUGUGGAGCUGUUGUUAAUGUUAGAGCUAAAGGUGAAAAAAUAGCAAUGUGGACCACUGAAUGUGAAAACAGAGAAGCUGUUACACGUAUAGGGAGGGUAUACAAGGAAAGGUUAGGACUUCCUCCAAAGAUAGUGACUGGUUAUCAGUCCCAUGCAGACACAGCUACUAAGAGCGGCUCCACCACUAAAAAUAGGUUUGUUGUUUAAGAAGACACCU